CGUCAGACAACUCCACUCCUUUCUCAAUCGCGAUAAGGGUGAUAAGUACCUCCUAACCUACCUACGUAAACCCCCUUCGAGCUCUCUACCUCAUACAUAAAUCCAAUGAUCUCUCUAUUCUCUCACCCUACAUCCUCAUCGUAAAAAGCUUUACCAGGCGCUUCUCUAAUCAUGGCGCCACAUCCUACAUCUCUACGCUCUAUAUGGGCUCACGCAAAUAACCUCGUCUCCCAAUUUCCGCUUAACCUCCCCAACCUUCCAAACCCGCUCGCGAUCCUUGGCCCGUUCGCUCCUAUCGAUAUCGACAACUCCGUCACACCCUACGAUCCUCUUACCGGCACGCCAUCUUGUCCUAUCAACGGACCUGUAAGCUGCCAUAACACAACGGCCACCGAUUCUUGCUGCUUCAUUCAUCCCGGCGGACGUUUGCUACUGACGCAGUUCUGGGACGAGAAGGCCCACGUCGGCGGAAGCGAGGAAGACUGGACCCUACAUGGAUUAUGGCCGGAUCUUUGCGAUGGAUCAUAUGACCAGUUCUGUGGAAUGGCACCCCAGUUCAACAAUAUCAGUAAAGUGCUAGAGCACUAUGACCAGGCGGACUUGGUUGCGGAUAUGAAUCGAUACUGGAUUGCGAACUACGGCACGAAUGAUCACCUAUGGGCUCACGAAUACAACAAGCACGCUACAUGCAUCAACACCCUCGCCCCGAGCUGUUAUGGCGAAGACUAUACGCCGGGCCUUGAGGUCGUCGAUUACUUCGCGCGCGCCUUCAGCUUAUUCAAGAUGCUAGACACUUACCGGGCCUUGGCGGACAUUGGCAUAGAGCCCAAUUACAAGAAGACUUACUCCCUAGCCAAGAUACAGUCCACGCUCGAGAAAUUCAGCGGCGGUCGAGUUAUCCUCAAGUGCACGGGUAGACACCACAACGUCCUCCACGAGGCGUGGUACGUGUACUUCGUGAAGGGCAGCUUGCAGAGCGGCGACUUCGUGCCGGCGAAGGACAGUUUCAAGGGCAGCGAGGGUAACUGCGCGUCCCAAGUGAGGUAUCUGCCUAAGCGCCAUAAGUAAAGUGUAAACCAUACUGCAUCCUCAAUUGCUUGAGUAAGCGCAUGGCAUUGUCUGGUCUGGCGUUGGGGGUUUGGGUACGCGAAUAUGUCGGAAUAAUUUGGCCAGACGUAUAGAAGCUCUUCUAACAUGUUUAGUCUGUUUUCAUAUUCAGGUACGUAAUACGUACCAGAUAGCGAGCAUCUACAAUAUAAUUUGAUUAUUUUAGA